UCUAGUGAAAAUGGCUGCCUUUCAGCUUUAAACAUCAGCGGCUCAGGGAAAAAUAUUCAUUCCACAAACAGGAAUUAUCACGAUCCUUAAGGAAGCAAAUCUCGUGCGGCUUAAGUAUGGCCAUAUUCCUGUGUAAAUAACAUUAUGCUUUUGGUUUCAAGGAUGGAAGAAAUAUCUGUUUCAUAUUUAACCCUUUACAUUCCAUGAUCCGCGUUCCAGAUGAGUAGAGUGAUGCGACCAACUUCAAGUGUGAUUCUUUCCAGUUUGUAACAAUCAUGAAAAUGAUGCACCAAGUAGCCAGCAACAGCAAUGACUAUGGUCUGGGUAGCAUUGGGGAUGAUGGGCAACACACGGCCAGUCACUUUGAGUUGUGCAGCUCCCAAUCCAACAAAUUUUACCCCCCUGCCCCACCUCCCUCUCUACAACUGCCACUCCCAAACUUGCCCCCCUUGCCACAGGGCCUGAUUAAGCCCAUGUCUUGCCAGAUGCAAGACUCCCAAAAUGAGUUUCACUCCCAAGCCGUUCGAAUGAGGGGUGCCGAGGCACCAGAGGGCUCCAAGAAAAAGAAGGGUCUUGGAAAGUCCGGACGUCGAGGCAGGCCUUCGGGUACCACUAAGUCCGCAGGCUACAGGACAAGUACUGGACGACCGCCCGGGACCACCAGAGCAGCGGGUUUUAAGACCAGCCCUGGAAGGCCACUGGGCACCACCAAAGCUGCAGGCUACAAGGUAAGCCCAGGUAGGCCCCCAGGCAGCAUCAAGACUCUGACAAGGCUUAACAAACUGGACUAUAGCGCAUGCAAUGGUGCACCGUUCCCUUACACCAUGAUGCAGAAGAGGGUCUUGUGUGAAGCCACUGUAAAGGAGAAAGACAAUAAUGAGUGAAGACAGGCUUUUGUAUUUAUUGCAAGGGAUGGGUGUGCAUGUCCAAAGUCACAGUGAAUUGUAUUUGCACAGCCAAACUCUUGCAAGGAAAAAAAGAAGAUGGAUUUUGAUAAUUAAAAUCACGUAUAUGUGCCAGUGUUAUUCAGACGAUCCUUUUGUCUAUUCUUUUUCAAAGAUCAUUAGCAUCACCUUUCUCGCUUUGACGUAUGUUAUCCUAUUGUACAGAUGUGCAUGACUGUAGUAUUGUGAAAUAAAGUUACAGUAUUGAAACAGAAAUUAAUAUUUUUUGGUGCUUAGAAUUUGCUCAUGUGACAUGUAGAAAGAACUGCAUUUGUGUUGUUUAACAUUGAACUUAUUCUUUUACUUAAUGCUUUUGAUAUAAAGUUACUGCUUGUUACACAUGGUCUGUAUUUACUCCAGAUUUUAGGACUUUUGAUUUUACAUAAGAAUUACCCUGUUCACCUGAUGUGUGUAAAAGUGCUAUGUUUGUAAUGUCUUAUUUUUUUUUUUUUUUUGGUAUUGUUGCUGUAUUUAUGCAUUGUCUGGUGCCCUUUUGAGGAUAAUGUGGUUUUUUGAUUAAAAAAAAGGUCAAGUCUCAUGUUUCAGUGACAGCAUAACAAUGCCCUUCAAUGGAGCUCUUGUAAACAUAACUGUAUGUUUAUAUCAGCUAAUGUGUUCACUUCCACUCUAAUUAGUCAUGCUGAUCAGUGAUCAUACCUAAAAUAUAUGUUGCUAUACUUUUUUAUGUUAACCACUAAACUAGAACAAGUCACAGUUUUGUGUAAUUAAAUACACCUGAUCUGCUAAAAAUAAAG